AUGUUUCGAUUACUUUUCAACAAUAAAGAAUUUAAAGAGAGAAUUAGCACUAUGUCAACCAAUGAUGCUUUGCAGAUAUCUUCUGUCGGAGCAAAAAGAAUUCUUUGUAUUCUUGACGAAUGCAAGAAAAGAGUUGAAUUUUCAUUAUUAUUACCAACAAUGGCAGAUUUUAUUGAAUCAAACGAUGAAAUUCCACCAAUUAUCAAAGAAUACUCUGCAGAAUUUCAUGCACAUCAACAAUAUUUGUCAUCAAUCAUGACAACAGACGGAUAUCCAAAACCAGGAUUCGAAGAUGCAUUUGAAGAAGAAGUUAUGAUAUGUCAAGAGCUAUCUCGUGAAUUGGUACGUGAAAUGGAUAACUAUCAUUCACUAUUUCAACCUAUUGUUCAACAAAGAGACUCUGCUGUAGGUUCUAAACCAAAAAUUGUUCAAUACCUAGAAGAAAUGAUAAACUUAGAAACAGAAUUUUUCUCAAAACACGUAAAGGAAGAUAAAAAGAGAAAUAGAAUCGUUGCAGAAAUCCAAACAAUGGAAAAAAUCAAUAAAGAGCAUAUUGACGUACUUAAGCAAAAGGAUAUACAACUUAAUAGAGAAAAAGAUAUUAAAAUACGUGCAAAAGAAGAAGAAUUAGAUUCAUUAAAGAAACAAUUAGUACAAGCAAGGUCAAUGGAAGUUCCUAUCAAUACAGAAGAAACAAAAGAAGAUGAAAUUGUAUCUCAUGAAGAAAAUCUCAAAGCAGAAUUUGGUGAAGUUAAUAAUCAAAUGGGAAAAACACAAAAAUCUCAUCAUGAUGAUGAGAACGCUUCACGAAGAUUGAUCAGAAAAGAUGAAGAACAGCUUCAACAUCUAAUUACAAAGUAUGAUACAGAAAUGGCAAAUUUAGGAAAAGAAUCGACGCUUGCCAUGCAAAAAAUGCAAAAAUUAGAGAGUGAUGUGGCUGUUUUAAGGACAUCUUUGGCGGAAAUCAAUGAAAAGAGAGCUCCUGCCAUUGCUGAUGAAAGAUAUUUUUCACAAAUGCAUAUUAGACAGUCAAAACAGAUGUAUGACAUGCUUGAAUCAGUUAAGACAAUCCAAAAUUAUGUAAGACUAUUCUUAAAAACGGCUCCGAAGCCUUCAAAGUCGAAAAAGAAGAAAUGA